AAUUCCAAAGAAUAUUAAUUAAAAAAAAAACAUUUUUCUCUCUCUUCUGUCUAAGCGCGCAAAAACUAGAUUUGGGUUUUGUCCAAAAACCACUUUCCGAACCCAAAAACCAAACACAAAACAAAAAAAAAUGGCGCUUUCUUUGAGUUUCACUUUCAAAAAACUCCCUCCCUCCCUCCAUUUUCAUACCUCUACAAAUCCACCAUUUCCCAAUUCCAUCUCCAUCUAUCUCUUUCCUUCUCUUUCUUCAAACCCAACAACAGAGUCAGAGAGGGAGAGAGAGAAAUUCAGUUUAGAUCCGAUUAAUUACUGCCAUGUCUCAGUGUGUUCGCAUUACUCGUUUGUCUAAGAAGAGGUCUGCGGCGGAAGCCGAUUCAUUUUCCGACGAUGAAGACUCCUCUUUUAUUAGCAAUAGACGAGUUGUAUUGGGUGAGCUUCGGAAUUCAGCUGCUGUUGAAAAUCCUAAACGGAGAGUUAAGACCAAGAAGGUUAAGAAGGUUGUACAUGAAGAUGAAGAUUCACACAUGUGUGGUCCUUAUGUGUCUGGCAUUUAUGAGUAUCUUCAUCAAAUGGAGGUUGAGCCGAAGAGAAGGCCAUUGCCUAAUUACCUUGAGAAAGUUCAGAAAGAUAUUAGUGCAAACAUGAGAGGAGUAUUGGUAGAUUGGUUGGUGGAAGUUGCAGAGGAGUACAAGCUUGGUUCAGAGACUCUGUAUCUAUCGAUUUCUUAUAUUGAUCGAUACUUGUCCUUGAACACCAUUGCCAGAAAGAGACUUCAGUUAUUGGGUGUUUCUUCUUUGCUCAUUGCCUCAAAGUAUGAAGAGAUCAAUCCUCCAAAUGUGGAAGAUUUUUGUUAUAUCACAGAUAACACAUACACAAAAGAUGAGGUUGUGAAGAUGGAGGCUGAUAUACUUAAGACACUGAAGUUUGAAAUGGGAAAUCCUACAAUUCUAGCAUUUUUAAGAAGACUCACUAUUAUAGCUCAAGAAAGAUGCAAACUAGUUACAAAUAAGACCAAAACACAAGCUCUCAAUUUGCAACUUGAAUUCUUGGGGUGUUAUCUUGCAGAGUUGAGUCUCUUAGAUUACAGCUGCCUUAAAUUCUUGCCUUCAAUGGUGGCUGCAUCUGUUGUUUUUCUGGCAAAUUUCAUUCUCCUUCCAGAUAGUAAUCCUUGGUGUGCAGAACUGCAGAAGUGUUCUGGAUAUAAAUCAGUUGAUUUGAAGGAAUGUGUACUUACAAUCCAUGAUCUUUACUUUGGUCGAAGAGGAGGAACUCUUGUUUCAAUUAGAGAUAAAUACAAGCAGAAUAAGUUCAAAUGCGUGGCUAGUUUGUCUUCUCCACCAGAGAUACCAGUUUCUUACUUUGAAGAUUUAUGUUAAGUAAUUACCACUGAUUUUGAGAUCUACUAAUCUCUUCAUAAUGUAACCAAUUGAAGAGAGCUGUUAUACAUUAUACAACCUUGUAUUCAAUUGAAUGAGUUUCAAUCUCAAUAGAGCAAUAACAAUUUUGUCGUAUAA